AUGACACAUCUCUAUCAAGUGAGACGGUGCCUCCAGUUCUUAUCUUCAGCUCGAGUGCUUCCUUUCACAGCCUUGAGAUAUCUCUUGGAUUCAUAUUCCCAGCCAUCUUUUGUGUCCUUUGCCAGGGUCUCUGCAAAUGCAGACGGACAGGCGCUCUUCACAGACAAGACUUCCAUCCUGAACCGUUGGUCCGAGCACUUUCAGGCCCUCUUCAGCGCAGACCGCGUUGUCCAGGACUCAGCAGUUCUCCGCAUUCCUCAGAAGCCAGUCAUAGUGGAACUGGAUGAACUACCAUCUAUGGAAGAAGUUUCAAAAGCCAUAGAGCAGCUGAAGAGUGGCAAGGCAGGAGUCGAUAGGAUACCACCAGAGAUCUGGAAAGAUGGGGGACCAACACUACACAGCAAGCUCCACGAACUACUUAUUGGUGCUGAAGACCACCUCCCAGAAACCCAAUGUGGAUUCAGGACCAACAGGGGCACCACAGACAUGGUGUUCGUCCUGAGGCAGCUCCUAGAGAAAUGCCGGGAGCAGAACAAAGGGCUGUACGUGACGUUUGUGGACCUGACGAAAGCGUUUGACACUGUGAGCAGGAAGGGGCUAUGGAUGAUAAUGGAACGCCUUGGCUGUCCCCCAAAGUUCCUCAGCAUGGUCAUCCAACUGCACGACGAUCAACGCGGCCAAGUCAGGUUGAACAGCGACCUCUCAGAGCCCUUCCCCAUCGUCAAUGGCGUGAAACAGGGUUGUGUCCUGGCACCUACUCUGUUCAGCAUCUUCUUCAGCAUGAUGCUCAAGCAGGCCACUGAAGACCUUGAAGAUGACGAAGCUGUGUACAUCCGCUAUCGCCUUGACGGCAGUCUGUUCAACCUCAGGAGACUGCACGCCCACACAAAGACACUUGAGCAGCUGAUCCGUGACCUCCUCUUCGCUGACGAUGCUGCCCUCGUUGCCUACACCGAAAGAGCCUUGCAGCGCCUAACGUCUUGCUUUGCAGCAGCUGCGCAGCUCUUCGGACUUGAGGUCAGUUUGAAGAAGACAGAGGUCCUCCACCAGCCUGCACCCCGGGAAGAGUACCGCCCUCCUCACAUCACUAUUGGCGAAACUGAGCUGAAAGCAGUUCACCAGUUCACCUACCUGGGGUGUACCAUCACAUCAGAUGCCAAGAUCGACAGGGAAGUGGACAACAGACUAGCCAGGGCAAACAGCGCUUUCGGCAGCCUCUACAAGAGAGUCUGGAACAACAGACAAUUGACAAAGGGUACGAAGAUCAGCGUCAACAGAGCCAUCGUACUCACCACCCUGCUGUACGGCUCCGAGUCAUGGGUAACAUACCGUCACCACAUACGACUCCUAGAGCGCUUCCACCAGCGCUGUCUCCGCACCAUCCUCAACAUCCAUUGGAGUGACUACGUCACCAACGUUGAAAUUCUCGAACAGGCAGAGAUCUCCAGCAUUGAGGCUAUGCUGCUGAAGUCACAGCUUCGCUGGGCAGGGCACGUCUCUAGAAUGGAGGAACAUCGCCUGCCCAAGAUAGCCCUGUACGGCGAACUCUCCACAGGCCACCGUGACGGAGGUGCACCGAAGAAACGCUACAAAGACUCCCUCAAGAAAUCCCUCGGUGCUUGCCAAAUUGACCACCGUCAGUGGUCGACACUCGCUGCUGACCGCCAGGCCUGGCGCCACACCGUUCACCAGGCCGUCGCCUCCUUCGAGGACUCCCGCAGGUCUAACCUGAAGGAGAAACGCCGGACGAGGAAGGACAGGGAAGCCUCAGCAGCUGUACCAGACCAGACUUUUGACUGCAGUCGCUGCGGCCGGAUAUGCCUGUCCCGCAUCGGUCUUGUCAGCCACCAGUGCGCCUGCAGUCGACGUAGACAGCCCCUUUCAUGA